GGUGAGGCCAACCCUUUUCGCGGUCUCUCAAAUUCGUCAAACGUCAAAAUAGAAAUAGAAGUAGUUCCCUCUCUCCUCCAACUCUUCUUCCCUCCCUUGGAAGUCUUCUCUCUGUUCCUUGCUCGCUAAGCUUCCUCAAAUCCUCUGUCGCCAGGGUGAAAACAGGAAAACCCAUGUCCUGCCUCGAAAGACAUCCAUGUCGGUGGCGUUGAAUUCACGAGAAAGUUGAGAUUUGCGCUUGGGGAAUUUACAGAACAAUUGCCAAGAUGGGCAUAAGACUGGGCUCGUUCUUUACAGAUGCUGAUGAAGUUAGCAUAGAUGCCAUAACGUUAUUUGUGGCUCUCCUUUGUGCUUGCAUUGUGAUCGGCCAUCUUCUUGAAGAAAAUCGAUGGUUUAACGAGUCAAUCACUUCCCUUUUCAUUGGUUUGGGCACUGGUGUCGUCAUUCUUUUAACUUCUAGUGGAAGAAAAUCACACAUACUAGAAUUUGAUGAGCAACUUUUCUUCAUAUACCUUCUUCCGCCUAUUAUAUUCAAUGCUGGGUUUCAGGUGAAAAAAAAGCAAUUCUUUCAGAACUUCAUGAUUAUCAUGUCGUUCGGUGCUGUUGGUACAUUGAUAUCCUUUGCUAUCGUUGCACUUGGUGCGUCGCAAUUAUUCAAAAAACUGGAUAUUGGGUUCUUGGAGAUGGGGGAUUAUCUUGCAAUUGGAGCAAUAUUGUCAGCAACCGAUUCGGUUUGCACCUUGCAGGUGCUUAAUCAGAAUGAGACACCUUUACUAUACAGUCUAGUGUUUGGUGAAGGAGUAGUGAAUGAUGCCAUGUCUGUGGUACUUUUCAAUGCAAUCCAGAAAUUUGACGUCUCUCACGUGAACUCAGGCAUUGUCUGGCAAUUCCUUGGCAAUUUCAUGACGUUGUUUAUCUCAAGCACCUCGCUUGGGAUUUCAAUUGGAUUACUCAGUGCAUUCAUCAUUAAAAAGUUGUACAUUGGCAGGCACUCUACUGACCGUGAAGUUGCUCUUAUGGCUCUCAUGGCUUACCUAUCAUAUGUGAUGGCUGAGCUGUUUAACUGGAGCGGAAUUCUUACUGUGUUUUUUUGUGGGAUAGUCAUGUCCCAUUACACCUGGCAUAGUGUAGAUAAAAGUUCAAGAGUCACUACCAAGCAUGGUUUUGCGACAUUGUCAUUCAUUGCAGAGGUCUUUAUCUUUGUCUAUGUUGGUAUGGAUGCCUUGGACAUGGAGAAGUGGAGAUUUGUAAGCAAAAGCCCUGCAAAAUCAAUUGGGUUGAGUUCGGUACUGCUUGGCCUAGUUCUUCUUGGAAGGGCAGCUUUUGUUUUUCCACUAUCCUUCUUAAUCAACUUAACCAAGAGGUCUGAUGAUAAGAUUGGUUUCAAGCAGCAGGUAACAAUUUGGUGGGCUGGUCUAAUGCGAGGGGCUGUGUCUAUGGCGCUUGCUUAUAAUAAGUUUGCGAAGUCUGGCCAUACUCAACUGCCGGGAAAUGCUAUCAUGAUCACCAGCACCAUUACUGUUGUUCUUUUCAGUACUCUGGUGUUUGGAAUGUUGACCAAGCCUCUUGUAAGGUGGUUGCUUCCUCUAUCAGGACACUCAAGCAGCAUGGUGCCCUCUGAACCCUCUAGUCCGAAAUCCUUGACAAUCCCACUUCUGGGCAACGUGCAAGACUCAGAGGCUAACAUAGGCGGCCGCAAUAUACCACGUCCAACCAGUCUACGCAUGCUCCUAAGCACCCCAACCCACACAGUCCACAUGUACUGGAGAAAGUUUGAUAAUGCUUUCAUGCGCCCAGUGUUUGGUGGAAGGGGAUUUGUACCAGAUAUUCCUGGCUCGCCAACCGAAAUGUCAAAUGAGAGCCCCCUAAAUUCAAUUAGGUAAAGACUGGAAAAGCUAAUCUAUACUCCAAAUCUGCCAAUUUUGGUGCUUGUGCUUUACGAAAGGUGCUUGUCAAUAUUGUUAAUGCAGUUGCCAUGUAUAUAAACUCAGCUGAUUAACGUAAACACGAUAUUGAUCAUCCUCAUAUAGUUAUGGCAGGACUCUGAUUAUAUCCUCGUUUUCCGUGCUUAACAGACAAAACUGAGUGUGAAAGGCAUUAGACCAUUUUAUUGUCGGUCGAAUGUUGUUAUAA